AUGGAUAUGGGCCCGUGCAUGGCUCAAGCGCUCUGGGAAUUCGACUUGCGCAAGGCAACACUGAGCUUGAUGAAAGCUUCAGAAAUAGCGCGCAUGCUAGCCGAUAUCAAAAAGAAACUACAGCACCUGUUUUUGGAAGACGGCAGGAAAGUCGGGGAGCAGCAAAGACACGGGGUCGACACCGAAGAAAAGCUUGCCAAGGCAAGGCAGACCUACGAGGAGUACCUCACCGACCGGCUCAAUCACUACUUGAAAAUUUUUGAAGAUGUGCUCAGGAUUGGAGCGUUGGCUGGACACCCCGGAUGUUGUAACGCCCUGCAGGGUGUUGCGUGUUUUCGGCAAACAUUGGUGCCAUUGAUCGCGGAACUGCUCGCGUGGUUUAUCGAAAAAUGCGAAGCCCACUACGCAUCAAUAGCGCAAUAUGGCCAAUGGGUGACGGUGGCAGGAGUUGUUGGAGCGGCGCUCUGGGGCGGCUUCAAGCUGUUCGAAUCGAUGAGUAAGAGCCGAAGGAAUCACCAA